GGCAGCUCUUGUAUUGCUACAGCAUACCGGUACGGACUGAAUUUAGUGCAACACAAAACCUUGUUCCGGUCUCUAUCGUGUGAACUUCGACAAGAAGAUGACGAAGGGAACGUCGUCAUUUGGUAAACGUCGCAACAAGACGCACGCCCUGUGUCGUCGGUGCGGCUCCAAGGCAUACCACCUCCAGAAGUCCUCCUGCGGAAAGUGUGGCUACCCCGAAAAGCGCAAGAGAAAGUAUAACUGGAGUGCCAAGGCCAAGCGACGCAACACUACCGGAACUGGCCGUAUCAGACACCUGAGGGUCGUCUACCGCAGAUUCCGGAAUGGAUUCCGUGAGGGAACUGUCCCUAAGCCUAAGAGGGCAGCAGUGGCUGCCUCUAGCUCUUCCUAGGCUGAGUUUGAAAUAAAUUAAUCAUAAAACAA